CUUUCUUUUUUUUUUUAAUUCCCCGAAUUAGGGCUAAAAGGACUUCAAGCUGUGGGUAGGAAUUCCCAAGACAGCACAUCUAAUUAAGAGAUAAUAUUUUAGAGGACCACAAUGUUUACCAACUGGAGGAUUUUUGCAUUGAAUAAUCAGAAAGUAUUCAGUGUGCACAUUAAUACCAUGUGUUACUGUAAAAUAAAAGCAAACUUAAAGAGAUCAAAGACUCAGGUGCCUCUUACGAGAAGCUACAGCUCCCCACCAGGCAUAGUAGGAAGCGAUGUCAAAUCCCUUCACUGCAUCGUUAACCCUCCUGUGGCUAAAAUUCGUAAUAUUGGAAUUAUGGCUCAUAUUGAUGCAGGCAAAACUACCACCACAGAAAGAAUUUUGUACUAUUCUGGAUACACAAGAUCUCUAGGAGAUGUCGACGAUGGGGACACUGUGACAGAUUUCAUGGCUCAAGAGCGAGAAAGGGGCAUUACUAUCCAGUCAGCAGCUGUGACAUUUGACUGGAAAGGGUACAGGGUCAACCUGAUUGAUACCCCAGGUCACGUGGACUUCACCCUGGAGGUUGAGCGCUGCUUGAGGGUGUUGGACGGUGCAGUGGCCGUGCUUGACGCCUCCGCUGGUGUAGAGGCCCAGACUCUCACUGUGUGGAGGCAAGCUGACAAACACAAGAUACCCCGGAUCUGUUUUAUAAACAAGAUGGACAAAUCUGGAGCAAGUUUUAACUGUGCAGUUGAAAGCAUCAGAGAGAAGUUGAAGGCCACACCCCUGACUAUACAGCUGCCAAUUGGGGAAGCCAGAACGUUCAAAGGAGUGGUGGAUAUUAUAAACAAAGAAAAACUUCUUUGGAAUUCUAACUCUGAUGAUGGAAAAGACUUUGAGAGGAAACCUCUCUCACAAACAAGUGAUCCAGAAUUGCUGAAGGAGACUAUUGAAGCAAGGAACUCCUUAAUUGAACAAGUUGCAGAUUUAGAUGAUGAAUUUGCUGGCUUGGUUUUAGGAGAGUUUAGUGAAAAUUUUGAUUUAGUACCAGCUGAAAAGCUACAGACUGCAAUACACAGAGUAACACUGGCUCAGGCUGCAGUGCCUGUGCUGUGUGGAAGUGCCUUGAAAAACAAGGGUGUUCAGCCCUUGCUGGAUGCUGUGACCAUGUACUUGCCAUCACCCGAAGAGCGAGAGUAUGGGUCUCUGCAGUGGUAUAAGGACGACCUGUGUGCACUGGCAUUUAAAGUGCUGCAUGACAAGCAGCGGGGACCCCUGGUUUUCCUGCGCAUUUACUCGGGCACACUGACGCCCCAGUUGGCUGUGCAUAACAUUAAUAGAAACUGCACGGAGAGAAUGAGUCGUCUGCUUUUGCCGUUUGCUGACCAACAUGUAGAAAUCCCUUCUCUGACUGCUGGUAACAUUGCUUUGACAGUGGGCCUUAAACAAACUGCCACUGGAGACACCAUUGUCUCUUCCAAGUCCAGUGCCUUAGCUGCAGCUCGUAGAGCGGGAAGAGCAGAAAAGAAGCAUGGGAAAGACAGUGAAGCAGAGAGUCUGCUGUUAGCCGGCGUGGAGGUCCCAGAGCCUGUCUUCUUCUGCACCAUAGAACCACCGUCAGUGGCUAAGCAGCCAGAUUUGGAUCAUGCCUUGGAACGCCUUCAGCGUGAAGAUCCCAGUUUGAAAGUGAGGCUCGAUGCUGACUCUGGACAAACCGUCCUGUGUGGCAUGGGGGAGUUACAUAUUGAGAUUACUCAUGAGCGGAUCAAGAGGGAGUAUGGCCUAGAGACCUACCUUGGGCCUCUGCAGGUGGCAUACCGGGAAACCAUCUUAAACUCAGUGCGUGCCACAGAUACCCUUGAUAGGACGUUAGGAGACAAGCGCCACCUUGUGAGAGCAGAACUGGAAGUCCGGCCAGCUGAAGCGCCCUCUGGUGUGGCUGAGAUCCAGUAUGCUGACUGUGUUGGUGAAGACCUCCUGCAGGCCUCACGUGAGGCCAUUGAAAAUGCAGUCCACAGUGCAUGCCUCCAGGGUCCUUUACUUGGAUCCCCAGUUCAAGAUGUGGCAGUAACACUACACUCACUUAUGGUUCACCCCGGUACCUCCACAACUAUGGUUAAUGCCUGCAUCUCAAGAUGCGUACACAAGGCCCUGAAAACUGCUGCCAAGCAGGUGCUGGAGCCCCUGAUGCAUCUUGAGGUUACAGUGGCUAAAGAGUACCUCAGCUCUGUCCUCGCAGAUUUGGCACAAAGAAGAGGUUUCGUCCAGGAAAUCCAGACUCGCCAAGACAACAGAGUUGUUGUAGGAUUUGUUCCUUUAGCAGAGAUUAUGGGAUAUUCAACUGUGCUUCGAACACUGACAUCAGGCUCGGCAACUUUUGCCUUAGAGUUGUCUACUUAUCAAGCCAUGAGCCCUCAAGACCAGAGCAUGCUGCUCACCCAGAGAAGUGGUCUGGCCCAAGUGCUUUAGGUCCUUGGAAACGGGGAAAUGCCGGGGCACUUAACUGCUGGUAAAUUUCUGCUUCGGGAUGUGGAAAGAACUUGACAAGAUGUACUGUAAUGGCAUUGGA